UGAUUUUGCAUUUACGGGGGGGAGAACUGUUUUUAAACAAAACAGUUCUCUCCCCUGUCAGCUCCUGCACAGCUAUGCAAAGCAGUGUGCUUACAGUAAAGUACAAACACAGCCACACAGUUAGAAACCGCAGACAGCUCAACAGCACACAGCUCACAGUUAACCCUUUGAUCGCCCCACAUGUUAACCCCUUCCUGCCCAGUGCCAUUAGUACAGUGUCAGUGCUUUUUAUUAGUCACUGGUCACUGUAUUGGUGUCACUGGGCAUGUCAGUGACACCAAGUCAGUUCUCCCCCAGUGUCAGAAUGCCCAACGCAGUCCUGCAAUAA